AUGGCCCACUUCUGUCUCCCACACCCCCAACCCCAGAAGCCAAACGAACCAAGUCUAGCCGACCACAUCACCCAAACACACGCCACACUCUGCGUCACAAACGCCCAAAAGCUCAUCACCCUGAUCCAGACCUGCUCGCAACAAGACAACCCCGGCCUCAUACCCUGGUGGUAUCGGGUUUUCUUCCUCUAUAUUGCAAUGCAGCAUCUCAUAGCAGCGAUGCUGCGACCUGAUGUCUUUGCAACGGUCGUUGUGGAGUCCUGGAAUACGGCUGUGUCGGCACUAAGCGCACAUGAGCAUCUCAGUUUGUCUGUUGGGAGAUGUCUGAAUAAACUUCGGUUGAUGUGGGGGAAGGUUGGUGAUAUUCAGGCGUCAAUAAGUCAUGAGGUUCUGGCGGAUUGUGAUAUGGGAUGGAGGGAUGUUUUCCAGUAUCUGGGGUUUGAGGCUGAGAUGUCGCUGUUUGGCAUGGAUGAUUCGGUGGGGUUGGGAGAUAUUGAUUGGAGUUUAUGA